UCUGGCAGCCACGGAAGGCGAAAGUCUUACUCUCUGAGUGAGAUUCUGGAUUUACUGCAACACUCUUCUCUCUCUUUGUGUUGUUCAGCCCUAAUCUAGAGAGUUGUUUGAAGCCUGGACAUGGUGGAUAAUGGAGGUUUGAUGCUACUUGGAUGGGUGUUUGGGAAGUGAGUUAAAGCUGACCAGAAGACCUGCCCCAUUUGCAUGAACGGUACGGAUGGCCCAGAAAUUGUGACAACAGGUCCUGUCUCUGGAGUAGCUGGGAGCGUGGGGAGCAGGUCCAGUCCUCACCUUUGUCCUUCCAACGUUGGCGCCUGAGUAUUACCGUCUGCGGCAAUGGCAGGAGGGAGGCAUCCAGUGGCAGGUCCUCCAGUGGGCUGUGGCCGGCUGGUGGCUCAGAGCGCCUUCGUUCCGCACAGUGGCUGAGGCCUGCAUGUCCCAAUGGAGAUGAGCGGAGCCUUCCCACGGGGCGCAGGAGUUAGCGCUGCCUUUGGACUAUGACAUCACAUCGACCUGUUCGUGAGAGCAGCGACGUGGGGGGGCCAGGCUUAAAAGGUGGCGAUCACCAUUCUCUGGGAUUCUGGGCUCAGAAUGGCUGCAUCAGGCACGCUGACACCACCGCUGCCUCUCGGCCAGCUCCCACGACCCCAGCCGUGCCCAAAAUGGGCGUGCGGGCCAGGAUUGCUGACUGGCCCCCCAAGAGAGAAGGGCUGAAGGGUGCUGCCAUCCCCACCACUGGAGGGGGGGGAUCCCAAAACCUGGAGACCCUGGCCUCCGUGCCGCGGAGCUUCCCAAAUAGCCAGCUUCCAAGCGGGGCCUUCCCCUCCGGGCUCCGAGGGUUCCAGCACCUGGCCAGGAGGAGGUCCAGGGAUGCCGAGUUCCAGGAGAGCAGGCUGUCAUCUCCGGGCCGGGGGUUCCUGCCGCUGCGCCAUAGGAGCAGCAGCGAGAUCACUCUUAGUGAGUGGGGCUUGGAGGAGAGCACGCUGGCCAGCGGCCUGCCCCUCUUCCGAGAGUACGGCAGCACCUCCUCCAUUGAUGCCCAGGGCGUGUCUGAGCAGAGCUUCUGUGACAUUCUGGAUGCGUUCCGCAGUGGGAAUCUUGCCCCCCAGCCACUGGCGUCUUGCAGGGGCCCCCGGAGCAGCCAGGCUGAAGCCAGGAACCCUCGAGGCCUGGCCCUACUGGGAGGCGAAUUCUCCCUGCAGCCCCAGGAGAAGCCCCGCAAGAAGGGUCCCAAAGUAGAGGUGGGUGGGGGGGACUCCAUCUUCCGGAAGCUGCGCAGCGGAAGGAGCGAGGCCGAGGCUGGCAAGGCUGUGUCCGAGCCCGAGGAAGGCAAGGGCCAGGAAGGGGGCCGGGCCUGGCAGUGCCCGAAGAGCUUUGCCCACUAUGACGUCCAGAGCCUGCUCUUCGACCUCAAGGAGGUGGUCUCCAGGCGGGUGUACGUGGCGCAGAGGAGGAACACAGCCACGGGGGCCUCCGCUGCAUCUGCUCUCUCUUCCGCUGCCUCCCGGGCCUGUGGCUCGGCAGGCCUCGAACCCACAGCCUCCUUCCUCAGUGCUGAGGAGCUGAACUACAAGGAGAACCUGGAACAUGACCCGGGAGACGACAAGAGCAACGACCUUCUCCUCAGCUGUCCUCACUUCCGCAAUGAGAUUGGUGGCAUGCAAGAGCGCAACGUCAGUUUCUCUAGGGCCUCCCCACUCAGCUCCCCGGGAGGCCGUGCAGGGGGUGGCGAGGGCAGCCCGGCAGAGGUCGGUCCUGUCGUGUACUGCACUAAUGCCAGCAUCUCUGUGUUGGAGGUCCCCAAGGAGCAGCAGCAAAACGUCAGCAGGCUGAAACAGUAUAGCAUGGAGCACGCGGACCUGGGGGCCCGCUACUACCAGGACUAUUUCUGUGGCAAAGAGCAUUCCAACUACUUUGGGGUGGAUGAGAGGCUGGGGCCCGUGGCCGUCAGCCUCAGGCGUGAGAAACUGGAGGACCACCGGGAGCACGGGCCUCAGUACCAGUACAGGAUUAUCUUCCGCACCAGCGAGCUGACGACCCUUCGGGGGUCUGUUCUGGAGGAUGCCACGCCCACCACCACCAAGCCCGGCACUGUCCGUGGGCUGCCUCUCAAGGAUGCACUGGAGUACGUGGUCCCUGAGCUGAAUAUCCACUGCUUGCGGCUGGCCCUGAACGUGCCCAAAGUGACGGAGCAGCUGCGGAAGCUGGAUGAGCAAGGGCUCUGCCAGAAGCACAAGGUGGGCAUUCUGUACUGCAAGGCCGGUCAGAGCUCGGAGGAGGAGAUGUACAACAACGAGGUGGCCGGGCCGGCCUUAGAGGAGUUCCUGGCGCUGCUUGGGGAGAAGGUGUGCCUCCGGGGCUUCAGCAAGUACGCCGCCCAGCUGGACACCAAAACUGACUCUACGGGGACCCACUCCCUCUACACCACCUACCAGGGCUACGAGAUCAUGUUCCACGUUUCGACGAUGCUCCCCUACACCCCCAACAAUCGGCAGCAGUUGCUCAGGAAGAGGCACAUUGGAAACGACAUUGUCACCAUCAUCUUCCAGGAGCCGGGGGCAGAGCCCUUCACCCCCCAGAAUAUCCGCUCCCAUUUCCAGCAUGUCUUCGUCAUCGUCCGUGCCCAGAAUCCCUGUACGGAGAACGCUUGCUACAGUGUGGCUGUGACCCGCUCCAAAGACGUCCCACCCUUUGGACCAGCCAUCCCAAGCAGAGCCACUUUCCGCAAAUCAGAUGUCUUCCGAGAUUUCCUGCUGGCCAAGGUGAUCAACGCUGAGAACGCAGCCCAAAAGUCAGACAAGUUUCACACGAUGGCCACGCGCACGCGCCAAGAAUACUUGAAAGAUCUGGCUGAGAACUGUGUCACCAGCACACCCAUCGACUCCACGGGGAAGUUCAACCUGAUCUCACUGGCAUCCAAGAAGAAGGAGAAGGCGAAAGCCCGGGUGGGGGCCGAGCAGUACAGCACGGGGGCGAUUGCGUGGAGAGUCCUGGCCCAGGAUUAUUCCCAAGGGGCAGAAGUGGAGUGUGUCCUGGGCAUCUCGAAUGAGUUUGUUGUUCUCUUGGACGCGGGCACCAAAGAAGUGGUGUUCAACUGCUUUUGUGCUGAUGUGAUUGGUUGGACACUAGACUCUCUUGCCAUCAAGAUCUUCUACGGUCGUGGGGACCACAUCUGUGUCCGGGCCCUGGAGAGCAACCCAGAUGACAUCAAAGAGAUUGUACAGAGAAUGAAGGUUAUGACCUCUGGCUGCGAGACCGUGGAAAUGACGCUGCGGAGGAAUGGGCUGGGGCAGCUGGGUUUCCACGUGAAAUUUGAUGGGACGGUGGCUGAGGUGGAGGAGUACGGCUUUGCCUGGCAAGCAGGGCUGCGGCAGGGCAGCCGCCUGGUGGAGAUCUGCAAGGUGGCUGUGGUGACGCUCAGCCACGACCAGAUGAUUGACUGGCUGCGCACCUCUGUGACAGUGAAGGUGGUCAUCAUCCCCCCCCAUGAGGAUGGCACCCCUCGCAGGGGCUGGGCAGAGGCUUUCAAAGUGACCACCAUGGAGCCCAAGGUGGAGCCAGAGAGCAUGCCGGUGGGCUACCGGCCCCCAUACCGCAGUCACUCCACCUGGCAGUGGAGUGGGUCUGCCACCCAUAGUUCAUCUCAGGCCUCCAAGUGGGGAGAGCAGCCAGCCCCUGGCCACGGCCAGUCCCAGUCUCUCACCAGGACCCCGAAACAGAAUGCAUCACAGCCCCUGCAUGGCAAGAGGCCAGUGAGCUUCCCGGAGACCCCCCAUGCUGCAUCGCCCUCACCAGCCGGAGCAGAAAGAAUACACAGUUACAGGCAGCCCUCAGGCAGCUUUUCCAUGCCAGCAUCUUCUGGAACAGCCUACACCCGGUACAAACCAUCCCCAGAAAGAUAUGCAGCCUCCUGCCAGCGGCCUCUGGUGCCCUUCGAGUCCCUCUUCAGCCAUGAGGUGACCUCCAACGGAGACUCUUCCGUGGGGGGGCUGGCCAGUCACCACAGCUCCAUGGAGAGGCCCAAACCUGAGCCCCUUUGGCAUGUGCCAGUGCAGCCCCGCCUGUCUGCCGCUUCCGGGAGCAGCGUGACCAAGAGGCCAAGCAGGCAGGAGCCAGCAGGCAAGGAGUCUCCCAGCCGGCACUCCAAAGGCGAGGGGCCGUAUUCCAGCAGCCAGUCCGGCAGCAAUACCCUGUCCAGCAACGCUUCCAGCAGCCACAGUGAUGAGCGAUGGUUCGACCCACCCGACCCUGCGGAGGCCGACCCGGACCCUUUGGCCAAAGGGGGCUCCAGUGACAGCGGCAUUGAUGCCACCAGUGCCAAGCCCUUGCACUUGGACAGACCACCAACGGUCUCCCCUCUCUGUGGCACCACCCUGCAGGAAGGCAGCAGCAGCAAGAGGAGGGAGCCGUCGCCUGCGGUUGGCUCUGGGGGGCAGAUCCGGGGCUACCGCCCCAAGGCCUUUGGCCCGGGAGCCAGUGUGACUGCCAGGGGAGGCAGCAGCAACAGCAGCCACGUCAGACAGGCAAGCCAUAACAGCUGCCGUGCGACUUAUCCUGCCCAGGCAUACAAAACGCCCACAGCAGAUGGCCCACGGGCCCUGCACAUGUCGCAUUCUGGCUCCUUCCAGCUCUCGGCUUCUGUGCCCAAGUCCUUCUUCUCCAAGCAGAGCAGCAGGAACAGGCACCUGCCGGCGGGGUGGAAGCGGGCUGAGGAGACCCCCGCCAGGCCUGUCUCCUCCACAGACCCCAAAAAGCACGUUGACUUGAACACCAAGAAUGUCUUUGGCCAACCACGUCUGCGCGCAUCCCUGCGCGACCUCCGCUCUCCGCGCAAAACGUACAAGUCCACCAUUGAAGACGACCUGAAGAAGCUGAUCGUCAUGGACAGUGUCUCAGGGGAGCAGGAACCGGAGCUGUCCCCACAGAAAACUCUGCAGCGGACGUUGUCAGACGAGAGCCUCUGCAGUGGGCGACGCGAUCCCACCUAUGCCAGUGCCUACUGCUUUGAGCAGCCCCUGCCCAACGACGUCCUUUUCACCAGCACCUACCCUUCCACCACCCUCCCUGUGCGGAAGCAGCAUCCCACCCCCAGCCAUGGCAGCUCCUCAGAGAAGAAGGCCCCCGUCUCUGCCUCGGAGCUCUCAUUGAGCGAUGUGCGGGACGUGCCCCUGCGGCGCAUUGACCCAGGCCUGAUGCCGCUGCCAGACACAGCUGCUGGCCUGGAGUGGUCCAGCUUGGUCAGUGCCGCAAAGGCCUACGAAGUGCAGAGAGCCGUCUCCCUCUUCUCUCUCAACGAAUCUCUGCUCAGCCCAGAGGGGCUGCCCACUCACAGCCCAGGCCGUGGGCACCUGAGCCUGGAGAGGCAGCCGACACCCCGCACCACACCAACCAUGAGCGAGGAGCCCCCAGCGGAUCUCAGUGGGAAAGUCUCCCAGCUGGAGGCCAUGCUGAAGCAGCUCCACAGCGACCUCCAGAAAGAGAAGCAGGACAAGGUGGUGCUGCAGGCAGAAGUGGCCAGUCUGCGGCAGAACAACCAGCGGCUCCAGGAGGAGUCGCACACGGCCAACGAGCAGCUGCGCAAGUUUGCGGAGAUCUUCUCCUGCGCUGUGGAGAAGAAGGAGCUGUGAGCAGGCCUGGUGUGGUUGGGAGGGGGCCGCCGCCACCGCCGCUUUGGAGACAGGACGGGGGACUGGGGCUGGGCUUGGACCCCUUCCAGGAGACCAAAGCCUCACCUGGUUCUCCUGGAGUGAUUGCUCCUCCCCAGGUGGAGCCUGACUUUGUCUUCUGCCCCCAACCCAGCCCGACUGGUCGUCUCUUCUUGGUGGGUCACAGGCCCAGUUUUCUGUGCCAUUCUGGUGGCCACUUCUGCCUCUCGGUCAGCCUGAGGCCAGCCUUUGUGCUUGGAGUCGAGCAUGACUUGCUCCUGGAGAAAGCCACGCUCUACAGCAGCAUAGCCCGAGAGGCAGGGCGGUACGAGCGGGUGCUGCCCCUACAGCCAAGGGCGAGGGCCCCAGGCAGCCAAGAGCACCUAGGAACUUAGGAAGAGCACUUUCUCACAGUUAAAUUAUUUUCUAGAGAAUGACAGGUUGGGAGUGGCUCAGGAAAUUAAAGAGGAAAAGUUUAACCGUAAAUGUUCUUUAUAAAACACUAUAUUUGUAGAAAGGGGGCUGUUUGUAAUAUUUUCUAUGCGGUGCCUGUGCAUGAGUCAGAGGCCAGAUUGUUUCCGGCUCCAGCAGAGGCGUGACCUGCUUUUCGGGAGGGAGGGGGUGAAGAGGGGCAGAGGAGAAAUGCCCCCCAACUGGGGCUGGGAGCCACCACCUCCUUGCCCUCGUCCCCUGCGCACUGGCCGUGGCUUGCUGGAGGACUCGGCAUUUUGCUUCCAGCCGUUUUUAACAUCUCUGCUGGUCAGGGAGAAGCCGUCAUCGGUGGCUCGUACCUCCAGUCGCCCUGGCGCACGUGCCAGCUCCUCUGCUAAACAAUGCCAUCGGACAGGAGGAGAGAGACCGGCGGGCGGGCGGGCGGCAGAGGGUUGUCGCUUUUGUUUUUAAAACCCUUUUUUACACCUGCGAACCUGGCCUGGGGAGGGCCAGGCGGCCGCUGUUGGACUCAGCAGGAAUCAAGGCACUUCCAGUGAGGCCGGCUGCUGACAUGCCGGCUUUUAUGUUGGUCUGUUCUUUUGGCUGCAGCUUUUGCCAACUUGGGGGUGGGGAGCACCAGGUGUCUGUACCACUCCCAGCCCCAACCAUCCCUGCCUUCACCUUACAAAACUUGCACCUGACCUAUGCAAAACGGACCUUCCAGGCAUGAGCCUGCCUCCAGCCCUCCCUCUGGAUCCCUGCACAAGGAAGCAGGGAGUGGGGAGAAGGGGGGGGCUGGGGGGGCGGUGGCGGCUGCAGCACCCUUGUCUGGCUUGCAGGGUGCUGUGCCCUCCUACGGGUCCCUGGGAGAGCCCAGCAGAGCCGCUGCCUUCAGAGCUCACCGCAGGAGCUGCCUGCUGACCAGUGCCUAAGACCUUGGAGGGAAAUGCCCAGGCCUUGGAAUGGCUCCCUUUGGUACAAUAGACAACUGGGUUCCCCCCACACAGGCCACGACCCCCAGGGGACGGAUGGGCCUGGAGGGGUCACACACCACCCACCCACCCACCCCCGACUGGCAGGCAGCGCCUUUGUCCCAGAGUGUGUUUCUUAUUUUGUAUCUGGAUCUCACGGAGAUGCGUGUGGAUCGCCUUUCCUUCUGGCCUCUGUUCUGUGAUGCAGGAGCACAGCCCCUGCCAAGGGGGAGGCAACUCCUUUCUUCGUUGGUUGUGUUAUGUGAAAUGUUCUCUUUUUAAUUUUAUAAGUAUCUUUACAGAUCAAAUCUGUCUUAUUUAAUUUUUUUUGUCUUAAAAUUGCAGAUAGGAAAAAAACAGCUUUUGUAAAAUAAGUUCUCCCAUACUGUUCUCUGGAAUUUUGGCACGUCUUGGGAGGGGGAAAUGCAAUAAAUGUUUCCU